UACAGCUGCAUGGUGAUGCUGGAGAUGUCUGGACCUGUCAUUAUUUGCUCCCUGAGUAAACUUCUGCAACAACUUAUUGACAAUAACGGCAGCAUCUCAAACGAAAAGCCACUUACACGCAUGGUGAUGUGUGGUUCUCCUGGUUCAAAUGUCAGUACUCUGUUGGUAUCCAACCUGACCUGGGUCGCCAGUGACCUGCCGACCUCUGAUGUCUGCCAAACUGACCCCACUUGGUGUAAAUGUGAGGCAAAUGAGACACUUGCUGUUCUUCUGACUGACAGCUGCCCUCCAGAGCCUCUCACAUCUCAGCCCUCCACUCCGACCAACAGCAACAUUUCUACAACUUCUGAAGCCUUACCACCAUCUGUCACCAACAAGACCCAACAGACUAACACAACGACUGAAAAUACCACAGCAGUUCAACAGAGAAAUGCAUCACAAGGAACAACUCAGGAACUCAGGAACAACAUGACAACUUCACUUGCAACAAUUAACAGUACACAGUCCUCGACAGCACGGCCUGUCCUUCAAACAACCUCACAAAACACAACUGUGGCUGUCUCUGACAGUCCAAAAGUACAGCAAACUGAAUCUGAUAACAAAAAAUUGUUGACAACCACUGAAAAUACAGUACUUCAAAACACAACGACAGCACAACAAAAGACAGAAUUCAUAACGUUAUCGUCUGUCAACUCAACACAACCCAGCACCACAACUUCUGACAACCACCUAACAUUACAAAACACAAAAACCACUCUGAUUGAUUCAACACUUAACACAACUACACUGUCUCCCAAACACACAUCACUCUUCAAUGUAACAACAGCAGAUGCAUUUACACCUUCUCCCAGUGACAAAACAGCAUUCAACAUUACUACAGUUGACACAGUUACAGCUUCUCCAAAUUACACAGAAGUGUACAUGACUACAGUCGGAUCAUUUACAUCUUCUCAAAAUGAAACAACACUUUUCAAUGUAAGUACAGCCACACCUCCCAUUGACACAACAGUGUACAAUGCAACUACAGCCAACACAGUUACAUCUUCUCCAAAUUACACAACAGUCUACAACAUGACUACAGCCAGAUCAUUUACAUCUUUUCCAAAUGAUACAACACUCUUAAAUGCAACUACAGUUACGCCUCCGAAUGACACAACAGUGUACAACAUAACUACAACCAGACCAUUAACACCCUCUCCCAAUGACACAACUGUGUACAAUGUAACUACAACCGGACCAUUUACUUCAAAUGAAACAACACUUUUCAAUGUAAGUACGGCCACACCUCCCAUUCACACAACAGUGUACAAUGUAACUACAGCCAACACAGUUACAUCUCCUCCAAAUUACACAACAGUCUACAACAUGGCUACAGCCGGAUCAUUUACAUCUUUUCCAAAUGAUACAACACUCUUAAAUGCAACUACAGUUACGCAUCCAAAUGACACAACAGUGUACAACAUAACUACAACCAGACCAUUUACACGUUUUCCCAAUGACACAACAGUAUACAAAAUAACUACAACCAGACCAUUAACAUCAUCUCCCAAUGACACAAGAGUGCACAACAUAACUACAACCAGACCACUAACAUCAUUUCCCAAUGACACCAGAGUGUACAAUAUAACUACAACUAGACAAUUUACAUCCUUUCCCAAUGACACAAUUGUGUACAAUGUAACGACAACCGGACCAUUAACACCCUCUCCCAAUGACACAACAGUGUACAAUGUAACUGCAACCAAACCAUUUACACCUUCUCCCAAUGACACAACUGCAUACAAUGUAACAACAACCGGACAAUUAACAACCUCUCCCAAUGACACAACAGUGUACAAUGAAACUACAACUGGAACAUUAACACCUUCUCCCGAUGACUCAACAGUGUACAAUGUAACUACAACUGGACCAUUUACACCUUUUUCCAAUGACACAACAGUGUACAAUGUAACUACAACCGGACCAUUUACACCUUUUUCCAAUAACACAACAGUGUACAACACAACUACAAUUGGACCAAUAACACCCUCUACCAAUGACACAACAGUGUACAACACAACUACAAUUGGACCAAUAACACCCUCUACCAAUGACACAACAGUGUACAAUGUAACAACAACCGGCCCAUUAACAACAUCUCACAAUGACACAACAGUGUACAAUGUAACGACAACCAGACCAUUAACAACCUCUCCCAAUGAAACAGCAGCGUACAAUGUAACUAUAUCUGGACCAUUAACACCCUCUCCCAAUGACACAAGAGUGUACAAUGUAACUUCAACCGGACCAUUUACACCUUUUUCCAAUGACACAACAGUGUAUAAUGUAACUACAACUGGAACGUUAACACCUUCUCCCAAUGACACAAUUGUGUACAAUGAAACGACAACCAGACCGUUAACACCCUCUCCCAAUGACACAACAGUGUAUAAUGUAACUUCAACCGGACCACUUACACCUUCUUCCAAUAACACAACGGUGUACAACACAACUACAAUUGGGCCAAUAACACCCUCUACCAAUUACACAACAGUUUACAAUGUAACUUCAACCGGACCACUUACACCUUCUUCCAAUAACACAACGGUGUACAACACAACUACAAUUGGACCAUUAACACCCUCUCCCAAUGACACAAGAGUGUACAAUAUAACUUCAACCGGACCAUUUACACCUUUUUCCAAUGACACAACAGUGUAUAAUGUAACUUCAACCGGACCACUUACACCUUCUUCCAAUAACACAACGGUGUACAACACAACUACAAUUGGGCCAAUAACACCCUCUACCAAUUACACAACAGUUUACAAUGUAACUUCAACCGGACCACUUACACCUUCUUCCAAUAACACAACGGUGUACAACACAACUACAAUUGGACCAAUAACACCCUCUACCAAUGACACAACAGUGUACAAUGUAACUACAACCGGACCAUUUACACCUUUUUCCAAUGACACAACAGUUUACAAUGUAACUACAACCGGACCACUUACACCUUCUUCCAAUAACACAACGGUGUACAACACAACUACAAUUGGACCAAUUACACCCUCUACCAAUGACACAACAGUUUACAAUGUAACUACAACCAGACCACUUACACCUCCUUCCAAUAACACAAUGGUGUACAACAAAACUACAAUUGGACCAAUAACACCCUCUACCAAUGACACAACAGUGUACAAUGUAACUACAACCGGACCAUUUACACCUUUUUCCAAUGACACAACAGUUUACAAUGUAAUUACAACCGGACCACUUACACCUUUUUCCAAUAACACAACGGUGUACAACACAACUACAAUUGGACCAAUUACACCCUCUACCAAUGACACAACAGUGUAUAAUGUAACUACAACUGGAACGUUAACACCUUCUCCCAAUGACACAAUUGUGUACAAUGAAACGACAACCAGACCGUUAACACCCUCUCCCAAUGACACUACAGUGUAUAAUGUAACUACAAUUGAACCAUCAACAACCUCUCCCAAUGACACAACAGUGUAUAAUGUAACUACAACUGGACCGUUAACACCUUCUCCCAAUGACACAACAGUGUAUAAUGUAACUACAACCGAACCAUUUACACCCUUUCUAAAUGACACAACAGUGCACAACGUAACCACAAGUGGACCAUCAACACCCUCUCCCAAUUACACAACAGUGCAUAAUGUAACUACAAUCGGACCAUUAACACCCUCUCCCAAUGACACAACAGUUUACAAUGUGACUACUGUUGCAUCUUCUAUUAAUCACACAACAGUGUACAAUGUAACUACAGCUGCCAACAAGAAUGUACACAAUGGCACAACUACAAGUAAUGCUACAAUAAUCACAUUAACACCUUCCAAUUAUACAACAACAAACAAUGUAACUGCAGUCUCUAACAACUACACAACAUCAGAGAAUGUAACAACUACUAUUGUAUCCUCAAACAACAUACCCACUGCACAACAGAACACAACUACUCAUUAUAAAAACACAACUAUGUCUACCACAGCUUCACAAGGUAAUGAAACUCGAAAUAUGACUUCUGCUGUCGACAUCACCACUAAACCCACAGCUGCUCCAAUGAAAAACCACAAUACCACAGCAAGUGUGACUCACAGCAUCACAACAUCCAUCAAAUAUAACACAAGCACCACCACACCUUCCAACAGCACUGCUCCCAUUAUCAAUCACAAUGAAACCACGGAAAUCAACUUCAACCUGAGUUCAACUGCAAGCAGUUUAACCACCAGUUUCAAGCUAACAACAAAAGAACUAGGAGUCAAUUUAACAACUACAGCAGCAAAUGCUUCCCAUGAGCAUAUAGCCACAGCUUCAACCACAACCACCACUACUGCUACUACUAAACAUGACCCACCUCCACCCCAGAUUAACACCACUACUGGUCAAGUGUCCUCAGUUUCUACAACAACUCUCCAAACCAUCACCCUCACCAGUGCAACCACGACCACAACAGUGCCUGAGACAACGCAAAGUGAAGAGGCACAGGAAGAACAAGUAAAUGAUCUGCUAGAGCAAACACAGAAUACAUCCCAGCUCAACUCGUCUCAGGUGGGGCAGAUGGUGGGUCAGUUGGAGAACCUUCUGGAUGGCCUCACUGUCUCUCAGGCAGUGGGACAAAAAGCUGUCAACAUCAUCAGCAACCUGAUGGAGGGUGACUCAGUGGCCCUGACUGCAUCUGCUAAUAGGCUGAUUCGAAUGGUGGAUAAUCUGGGUCUUAAACUGGUUGUCAAUGGCGGCAGAGGGAUCCUCUCUUCAAAUUCAUUGGUUCUGGCAGUCAGGACAGUGGAUGGGACCAACUUUCCAGCAACAUCUGUCAACAUCUUCAACACUGAUAACGUCCAGCUCCGUGCUCUCAGCAGGUCCCGGUCCAAGAGGUCAGGUUCCGUUCUGGGGUCUGUAUUCUUGCCUUCCAACCUCACUGCGGGACUUAGUCCUGAGCAGCAACAACAGGCGAGCAGGGUCCAAUUCACUUUCUACACCAAAAGUUCCUUUUUCCAGGAUGCUGCAUUAGAUAACAACACCCUUGUCAGUCCAGUUCUGGGCUCCAGUGUUGCCAAUUUGUCAGUAAGCAACUUGACUGAGGACAUUCAGUUUACCAUCCGAAACAUCAACCCAAUACACGGGAACUUUGUGGCCUCCUGUGCUUUUUGGGACUUCACUCUGAAUGGUGAUAGAGGAGGCUGGAGCUCUGCCGGCUGCUUUGUUGUCAAUUCUACACCAGAAGAAACAACCUGCAGCUGCAACCAUCUCACUUCAUUUGCAAUACUGCUGGAUUUGUCCCGAGGAGGAAUAACUGACCAUCAACAGGCACAAGUUCUUACUUUCAUCACCUACAUCGGCUGUGGAAUCUCUGCUAUUUUUCUUGCCGUCACCUUACUGACAUACCUUUCAUUUGAAAAACUGCUGCGAGAUAUUCCCGCCAAGAUCCUGGUCCAGCUCUGCUGCUCCCUCCUCCUCCUCAACCUGGUCUUCUUACUGGACGGUUGGCUGGUGCUCUACCCGGCGGUCGGGCUGUGCACCAGCACCGCCUUCUUCCUGCACUAUUUCCUGCUGACAUCAUUCACCUGGGCCGGGCUGGAGGCCCUGCACAUGUACCUGAGCAUCAUCCAGGUGUUCACUCCUUACCUGAGCAGAUACAUGCUCAAGUUCACACUGAUGGGCUGGGGUAUUCCUCUUCUUGUGGUGAUCAUUACCUUAUCGGUAGACAAAGACAACUAUGGUCUGGUUACAUAUGGAAAAUACACAAAUGGCACUUCAGAUGACUUCUGUUGGCUGCGUAAUAACGUCGCCUUCUACGUGGGCGUGGUGGCCUACUUCCUCCUGAUCCUUGUUCUGUGCCUGCUGGUCUUCAUCGUCGUUAUGGUCCAGCUGGCCCGGAUCAAGAGGCAGAACCCUCAGAACCAGUCUCCUAACCGGGGAUUGAUGACUGACCUGCGCAGCAUCGCCGGCCUCUCCAUCCUGCUCGGCCUCACCUGGGGGUUCGCCCUGUUCGCCUGGGGACCGCUCUACUUACCCUUUGUUUACCUUUUCUCCAUAUUCAACUCUCUGCAAGGUUUCCUUGUCUUUGUUUUCCACUGUGCUGUGAAAGAGAACGUCCGCAGGCAGUGGAGGACGUAUCUCUGCUGUGGGAGACUGCGACUGCCUGAAAACUCAGAUUGGAGUCGAACAGCCACCCAGAACAACAGGAAUCUGUCGGUCACUGCGCCGAUCGUCCCUCGGCCCUUAACCUCUCGAAGCUCCUCCGUCAUCAGCGAUGGCACCAACAGCAGUGCCUCUGUGUUUGCAGACAGCGGAAUAUCAGAGGGAUACAACAGCGACGUCGUCCUCAACGAGCUCCACAGACGAACUCUGUCACCACAAGGCGAGGCCUGACAACUGUGUCAAGCGUUCAUUUGUGAUGACAGUAAUUAUCUACUCGGAGAGGGCCGAGAUGACAGACAGAGAUUAGCACUCUCCUGCAGAUGGAGUAAACAAAAACGCAGUAAUCACAGGAGUGGUUCCUCACGGGGUUCAAAGAAAUCACAAGAUGAUGAAACGAUGGACAGGAACACGGCCGAGGAGAGGUGAGACUGAAGGUCCUGUAGUGAAAAGUGUUACUUGACACCAUUUCGACAUUGCCAGUAGAAUAUAUGAAGUGGUAAAUGUACAGUAGGUGUAUUUCUGACUGAACACAUGAAUCAUUUCACAGUUACAGCUGCGACUUUCAGCAGACUGUCAAGUUUAUUUCAAAGCUCUUAGAAUUAUUUCUGUAAACAUUAAGUAUGAUAUUAACAUUUUUUUCAGUCUAAAAAAAAGGUCGUGUAUGUACAUGUUAAAAAUACAAAGUUGCAUUUCAUUAGGAGCCUAGAACAGACUCUGUCAACAUUGUGAAGCUAUUUUGCAAUUUUUUUUUGGUGGAUUUCUCUUCUUUCUGAACAUAAAUAGGAGAAAAGAAGAUAUUUACAUUGUUUUUUUUCUGAUGCUGCAUGGACUUACCUUUUUACAUUUUCAAUGAAGAGUCAAUUUGGCACUUUGAAAGGAUUCUCCAGCUUUUAAUAGGGGCAAAAUGGAUUGAAGGAAAAUGUGCCAAUAUUAACAAAGUGAUCAGAAUUUGAUCUUAACAAGAGUAUUUGAGGAUGUAGUCCUCCUUUAAUAUGAGAUACUGCUUUAUUUUGCUACAGCACAGUGUUGAUGUUAGAGUCAUGAGAUGUUUAUGGUGUGAAGAGUGAGGAUUUUCCUGUACAGGUUUGACUAAAUGUCCUUGUGGAAGGACAUGUGCAUGCCAUGAAAGAGAAGAUAAUAAACCUUCAACUUAUUACCUG